AUGGCUCAAGAAAACGAAAACCCAAACGAUUUCUCCUCCUUUGACGAAACCGAAUGGAAAGCCCAAGAUGCCGCCGAUGACCGUGAAAUCGCAAAGCUCCUCGGAGAUUCACAAGAUACCGGCGGUGCUGGCAUCAAUUUCGAUGCCGUAGAAUUCGACCAGACGGGCAAGGCCGACGACGCCGAAGACUUCGAGGACAUCAGCGACGAUGAUUUACCCGACGAGGAGCCCAGUGCUGGCGUCUCCAUGGAGAUGCCUGGACUCACAGAUGAUGGAGGCACUAGUAAUGAUGCAGAUGACCUGUUUGGAGAGGGUCCGUCCUCGCCUGAUCCCAUUCUUGGCCCUUCCUCUCCUGCGCCUCACGUUCGCGAUACCGACACUGGCGACGAUACCCAGCCUACCGAUGUCGGCCUGAGUUUUCCUGGAAUCAAUUUCGACCCCGAACCUCAUCUCGACAACCAAGACCCCGACAUCCCUGCCCCCGCCGAAACCGUCGAAGACCUACUCAAAGCCACAUGGCCUGCCUACAAGAAGGGGCAUGUUCUGACAUGGAGCGAACUCCUUCCUGCUAAAAAAGCUACCUGGAAGGAGAAAAAGCCCACAAAGAAGCCAAAGAAACUCGUCACUAGCAAGCUUACUCUCGAACUCGCUCCCGACCAAGAGAAACUCUUUCGCAUCCCUGGCACUGCGACCAUUAGCCGCAAAGCCAGGCAGGCAGAGGAGAGAGGCCUCGUUUACUGUGGCCUCGACGAACAAGACGAAGCUCAGGAUAACAUCCAGUUCGAUCUCGACCAAGACUCCGACUCCGAAACAGUCGCUGGUUUUAGCCUUCGCGAUAUUGAACUCGCCUGCGAAGAUUGGGGCAGUCAUAUUGCCAUAGUUGAAGCUGAAUUCGAGGCCCGACAAUCCGCUGAGCAAGAGAAACAGCAAGCAAAAAAGCGAUCGUUCGAGGAGCAAGAUGAUGAAUGGGAUGCAGAGUUUCUGAUGGACCUUGGCGACGAUGGACCACCACGACCAAAGAAACGCAAGACGCUCAAGCUUGGCCUCCCCGAAAUCCCCCGCUACGCCGCCCCUUCCUUCGACAACUUCGAAGAAGCAACCCGCAGAGGUGCUAAGCGUGUUCAACUGGACAUGAGUGAUCCUUACUUGCUUAUCGAAACUCAGGAGCUUCAACGAAACGCAAAGCGACCUCGCACAGACAACAAGCUGACGCGCAUGGCAAAUGGUAACCUCGGAAGGGGUGUUGCUAACCGAUUCAAUAUUUCCAACGACGAGGCAUAUGAGGCGUUGAAAGAGAACCACCAGAGCAAGGUCCGUGCUACGCUUGGCAAUAUCUCUGUCGAGCAUAGUAUGCCUGCUAUCAAGCUCUCAUGGCCUUACUACAAGGUUAAGCUUGGCGGCACAACUGAUGAGUACCAUCGUCCUCGUUUCAGGUAUAAGAAAUUUGCUGGCCAUAUUAUUAAGUUUGACAAGCCUACACACCACAAGCGCAAGAUGAUGAAGGGCAAAGCACACGAGGUCUUCCUCAAGUCCAAGGAUUUGAGUAUCAACGACAACUCCACUGCUGUUCUCUAUGAAUAUUGUGAGCAGCGUCCACGAGUACUCAGUAGUUUUGGUAUGGGCAACCGCUUGAUCAAUUAUUACCGCCGAAAAGACACCACUGAGGACGAGCAACUACCCAAACAGGAUCUGGGAGAGUAUCGCAUGCUUCUUCCCGAAGAUCGUUCACCUUUCUCUCUAUUUGGUACAGUUGACCCUGGAGAGACUGUCCCGACAUUACACAAUGAGAUGUACAGAGCUCCCGUUUUCAAACAUAAUCCAAGAGGUAGCGACUUUCUCGUUGUUCGCAGCACCACUGGAGAAAACGGUUCUAGGUGGUUUCUACACAAAAUUGACCACCUUUAUGUUGUUGGACAACAAUUCCCCUCAGUGGAGGUUCCGGGCCCACACAGCCGCAAGGUUACCAACGCUUCGAAAAACAGGAUGAAGAUGCUCGCUUUCCGUAUGAUUAGACACAGCGACACCGACAACUGUCAACUCUCCGAUAUUACCAAGCAUAUCGCCGACUCCACCGAUACUCAGAAUCGUCAGAAGCUAAAGGAAUUCCUACAGUAUGACAGAGACAGCGGCGAGAAGGGUAUGUGGCGACUGAAGCCUGGGGAGAUACUGCCUGAUGAGAGUGCGAUACGGUCUAUGAUCAAACCUGAAGAGGUCUGUCUUCUUGAUGCCAUGCAGCUGGGUAUUAAGGAACUCGAAGAUGCUGGCUACGACCCUCGAAAUGCCUCCCUCGAUGAGGAUGUCCAGAACAACGAUGCCGAAGGCGAGGAAGAGGAUGUCGAUGAUGAGGGUAGCAAGGUCGCCAAGGGCGGUGCCAAAAAGCAGCAGGAGAAGCAGGAAGAAACCCUUGCUGACAAGAUGGCGCCAUGGAAAACGACCAAGGCAUUCAUCGACGCAUGCGCUCAAAAGGCCAUGCUUCAGCUCCACGGUGAAGGAGAUCCGACAGGUCAUGGUCUUGGUUUCUCUUUCAUUCGUACUUCCAUGAAGGGAGGAUAUAUUGAGGCAGUUCAAGGACCUCUGGCUACGUCUGCAGAUGCGAUGGAGCGUGAGAAGCGAGCUAAUGGUGGCCACGCAUACAACGUCAAGAAGCAGCAAGCAAUGUAUGAGGAAGGUAUUAAAGAAAUUUGGGAGAAGCAAAAGACAACUCUGUCAGACGGCCAGGAGCACGAUGAUAAGGACGUCGCGGUGACCGAAGACGAAGACGACAGAUUUAAUGUUCAAUCAGCCAUGACCCCAGCACAGUUCGACGACGGUACCAGCCAAAUUAGUGGUUUGACUUCCGCAAGUCGACAACAGAAACGCACUAUCCGUAUCACUCGAGAUUUCCGAAUGCCCGAUGGCAGCACGCAGAGCCGAAUCGAAAUCGUUCACGAUCCGGUAGUGAUUUCGCAGUAUAUGAAACGGCGAACAGAGGCGGACCUUGAAUCAAGAGACAUCUAUAGCUCGCGCCCUACGGGUAAUGCCGACCACGACCGUCUUGCAGGCAUUAGAAUUAAGAAGGAGCUGGAACGACUCGAGAAGAACAAGGCCCGACGACAAGCUCGAGAGCAGCAGAAAGAGCUUCACCAAAAGGCUAGCACAGGCGACGCCGGAUCACCCAGUGUCAAUGGCGAUAAGGUCCCUACUGGAACCACCCGCAAGUGUGCCAAUUGUGGCCAGGUCGGUCAUAUCAAGACCAACAAGAAGUAUGACUCCCCCUUCUUCACCAGUUCUUCCUUUUGUUUCACCCCCCCCUCCCUGUUAUGUCCUUUGCUUAACGGCACGAUGAAGGCAGACAACGGCGCUGCUGAGCAUGGAGGGUUUGGUAACUACAAUGCCCCCGGAGGCGCGGCUGGAUCACCGAUUUAA